UACACACAUGAUGUCCAUGAUGCCUAAGGCUUCAUUUCUCCCUUCAUUCUCUUCUUUUGCUUCUCCUCAACUUCCAGACAUCAUCAUCAACCCAUCAACUACCAUUAGAUCAUGCACAAGUUCACAAAAACCCAAACAAGCAACCAGUUCUCAUGGUCACUAUCCUCUUCUCUCCAAUGCAAAGAAUGAUUUACAAAUCAAUCAUUCAAAGAACAUAUCAAUGGUGAGAGACAUGUUAUUCUCCAAAGAAGACAAUAAGACUCCAUUGCAAUCCAUGGUGUUAAUAGACACACUUCAACAUAUGGGACUUGAUCAUCUUUUCAAGGAGGAAAUUGGCUCAACUUUAUCAUCCAUUUAUGACAACUUUGCUCAUCAAACACAUCAUGGUCAUAACUUGUUUGAAUCCUCUCUUUUCUUUAGAUUAUUCAGAGAGCAUGGUCAUAGUGUAUCUCCAAAGAUGCUCAAGAAGUUCAUUGAUAAGAAUGGAGAGUUUAAACUAGCUUUAAGUAAGGAUAUAAAAGGUUUGAUGAGCUUGUAUGAAGCUUCACGUUUAAACAUUGGAGAAGAUAUACUAAAAAAAGGCAAGGAGUUUUCAAGCAAGCAUCUUUGGGAUUCUAUUGACUGGUUGGAUAACAAGUCUGCAAAUCAAGUGAAGGAAACAUUAGAGCACCCUUAUCAUAUGAGCAUACAAAGAUACAAAGCUAGAAGAUAUAUUAGCAUGCACCAAGAUGAUCAUGAAAAUGGAUGCAAAGAUGUGGUACUGUUUGAAUUAGCUAAGUAUGAGUUCAAUAUUGUUCAACUCUUGCAUCAAAGAGAGCUUGAUGCAAUCCUAAGUUGGUGGAAGAAGAUAGGGUUGGCACAAGGGUUGAGCUUUGUGAGGGACCAACCAUUGGAAUGGUACAUGUGGCCUUUGACAAUGGUUCCUCAGCCACAUCAUUCAAAGUGUAGAAUUCAGCUCACAAAAGCAAUUGCCUUCAUCUACAUAAUAGAUGAUAUUUUUGAUGUCUAUGGAACCCUAGAUGAACUUUCUCUUUUCACUCAAGCCAUCAACAAGUGGGAUAUUUCCGCCAUCAAUAACUUUCCAAAUUAUAUGAAAGUUUGCUUUAAUGCACUAUACAAUGUUACUAAUGAGAUUGCAGAAAUAACUCUAAAGGAAUAUGGAUGGAAUCCGAUUAACACCCUAAGCAAAUCAUGGGGAAUAUUGUGCAAUGCUUUCCUUCAGGAAGCAAAAUGGUUUGCAUCAAAACAAGUACCAAACAAGGAUGAAUACUUGAGAAAUGCAGUGACUAGUUCAGGAGUUUUCAUUGUAAUAGUGCACUUAUUUUUUCUAAUGGGACAAGGCUUAACAUUGGAGAACAUACAACAUAUAGAGAAUGAUCCAAGCUUUGUUUCUAAAUCAGGAACUAUUCUGCGCCUUUGGGAUGAUUUAGGCAGUGCGAAGAAUGAAAAUCAAAAAAGGUUUGAUGGAUCAUACCUGGAGUUAUACAUGAAAGAACAUCAAGAUUGCACUGCAAAAGAAGCUCGGGAACAUGUGAUGUUGAUGAUCUCCAGAACAUGGGAUGCACUUAACAAAGAAAGCUUCACUCAAAGCUCAUUUCCUAAACCCUUAAUUAAUGCAACCCUCAAUCUUGCAAGGAUGGUUAGAGUUAUGUACUCUUAUGAUGAUAACCAUCAUCUCCCAAUGCUUGAUGAUUUUAUUUUUUUUAUGGAUUUAGGGUGUGAAAGGGAUGGAAGAAUGUGGUUUAAAAUUAAUGGGCUGCCUUCCACUGAUGCAAUUCAAGAGAUUUUAAGAGAUGCAGACACCAACAACAUGGUGUAUUAUAACAGUGGUUAUCAAGAUAGUAUUCAUGUAUUUAUGGUUGAGCAUGAACCUUCUGUGGCAAUGAUUCCUGCUGGAGUUGAUGCAAUGGAUGGCAAACAGGACAUGACUAAGGCUGUGGAAGGAGAUAAUAUUGGAAAUUUGAAAAAUAGUGACAUGAACACAGGAAAUUUGGGCAAGCAGAAUAUGGAAAACGGCAGUUCUACCUCAGAUGGAACAUACCAGCCUUAUGAAGUUGCAAGUGAUAUUGACAUAAGUGAUGACUCAGAAUUAAAUAAUGCUAGUUGGAUGUUUGAGGAUUUUGAAGGAGAUGAGGAUGAUAUAUUCAACCUAGGCUCAAGAGAUGAUGCUUCUGACUAUGCAAGCAAGGAUAAGACAAGUGAUCAUACUAAGGAAAAAUAUAUGUCUGAAGAUUUGAUGGAAGAGUUCAAUGAAUCCCCACACUAUGAGGAUGAUUUGUUUAGCUUGCAAGGGUCUAAUGACGAACCAGGACAAGUAUAUCCUGAGUUCAAUGAUGAUAUGUAUGCCAAAAAUCCACAAUUGGAAUUAGGCAUGAAAUUUUCUAGUCAAAGAAGUUUUAGGGAAGCCCUAAGAGCAUGGGCCAUUGGAAGGGGUUAUUCUUACAAGCUACAGAAGAAUAACAGGACAAUGAUUACUGCUGUGUGUGAAAAUCAUUGUGGCUUCAAAAUUCAUGCUUCAAGCUACAGAGGUACUUCUGCGUUUCAGAUCAAGACGUUCAAGGCAGAGCACAGUUGUCCAAAAAAAAAUAUGAGACACAUGGUGAGCACAAAGUACUUAGCAUUGAGGUAUCUAGAAGACAUAAGAGAUGAUCCUGAGUGGGGUGCAUCAACAAUGCAGAAAAGAAUCAGCAGGGAAUGUGGAGCUGAUGUGCACAUUUCAAAGUGUUAUAGAGCUAAGAAACUUGCAAAUAAGAUUAUAUUAGGUGAUUUGAAGAUGCAAUAUAGGAGAUUAUAUGACUAUGCAGAAACAAUUAAAAAAACAAAUCCAGGGAGUCUAGUGAAAAUUAAGACUUCUUUAAUGGUUCAAAAUAGGAAUGAUGAAAUGAUUGAAGGCAAACUAGAUGAUGGAAACCAAUGUAGAGAUGGCAAUGAAAACAUGUUACCUCUUGCAAUUGCAUGUGUCGAUGCUGAAUGCAAGGAAUCAUGGUCUUGGUUUCUCAAUUUGUUAUCAAAAGAUUUUGGUAGGCCAGAAGAUCUAGGUUGGGUUUUCAUGUCUGACCAACAAAAGGGUUUGAUGCAAGCAUUCAAGGAACUAAUGCCCACAGUGGAGCAUAGAUUGUGUGUGAAACACAUGUAUGAGAACUACAAACAAAAAUUCAAGGGAUUUGAAUAUAAGAAGUUGUUGUGGCCAGCUGCUUCUGCUGGGACUGAGAAACAUUUUGACAUACAUAUGGCAAGAAUGAAGGAAAAGGAUGAAAAUGCCUAUAGGUGGUGUAUUCCGGUUGAUUUUUGCUUAGGUGGCUGCCGGAAGUACACGUCACACAUUAAUUUAAUAAUUGAUUAG